GGCAGGCAGAAUGAACUUGUAGUAUCAGAAUUUCUCAUGAUGCUUUCAUGACAUGCGACGAGAGUAUUGAAUCUUUUUGUGCAUGACCUCAGGACUUGAUAUCUAAUUCACCAUGAUGCGAUGAACCUUCUACAGCAAGAAUGGAAUUUCCUUCCAAGCCGUUGACGCAACUUACUGGAUCCAAUGGACCGGUGCACGCGUUAACAUACUCAUCUUCUCCUUCGCUGUAUAUCCUCACGGGCUCUGCUGAUCGCAAUAUCCGAUUAUAUAACCCUUUGCGAUCCGCAGCUUCUUCUCAACCUGUCGCUCCCCAUCAACCUCCCAAACCUAGCCAAUUGAUCCAAACCUAUUCUGCGCAUGGCUAUGAAGUCCUCUCUAUUGCAGUCGCGUCCACAAACGCUACAUUUGCUUCAUGCGGCGGUGACCGCAGCGUGUUUCUCUGGGAUGUUCAGACUGCGAAGACGAUUCGAAAGUUUGGGGGGAACAAUGGACAUACGUCUCGGGUUAAUAGUGUAGUGUUUGCGGGCAGCGAGGAGAGCUUGUUGAUUAGUGGAGGGUUUGAUAGGAGCGUGAGGAUUUGGGAUAUUAGAGCGGGGAGUAUGAAGCCGGUGAUGGUUAUGGAGGAUGCGAGGGAUAGUGUUAGUGUUGUUUUGGCGGGGAAGGGCGGAGAUGAGGGGUAUGGGGGUGGGGAGUAUGAGAUUGUUAGUGGGAGUGUGGAUGAGAGGGUCAGGUGGUAUGAUAUUAGGGCUGGGAGGCUGGAGACUGAUGUUAUUGGGCGGAGUGUGACGAGCUUGAUGAGGACGAGGGAUAGGAGGGGUGUUCUGGUGGGGAGCUUGGAUGGGUGUGUCAGGUUGAUGGAUAGGGAGAGUGGAGGAUGUUUGAAGACUUAUAAGGAUGAGGGAUUUAAGAAUGAGGAGUUCAGAGUCAGAAGUUGCUUUGGGGGUAAUGAGAAGUGGGUGCUGUCGGGGAAUGAGAAUGUCAAGGGACCGGAUGGAGAAGUGGUGGUUUGGGAAACCUUGACUGGAAAUGUUUUGCACAGGAUCAAAGUUGAGGGUUCGGAAGUCGAAGGCAAGAAAAAGAUUGGUCGGGAUGGCAAAGAGAAAGAGCGUACGAACGUUAUCAGUGCCAUUGCCUGGAAAGAAAAUGGCAAAGGAGACCAAUGGUGCUGUGCUGGUACCGACGGGAUAGUUACAGUUUUCGGACCGUCAUGAGCUCAAAAUGUGUUGGUCAAAUUGUGCUAUUUAACCCUUGUCCAUAUGGGCAAUUCAAAGUCACUUUUCAGAAUGCCGCCAUCUAACACAGGCUCUAGGAUGAAGUCGGCCGCCAAGCUCCAUGCACCCUUCUUCCCCGGGGGAAACGACCAUUCCUUAGCAAGGCAGUACACUUGUUCGGCCAAGAAUUUCAACAGCGCA